GAUGUCAGAAGUGACAUCUUGCUUACUACUCUGUAUGUGAUCACUGAUUGGCUAAUCAGUGAUCACAUGAAUUGUAUACAAUGAAUGACUUGCUUUCAUGCCAUCCUUGUAUACAAUUGUGUCGUUAGCUGUGAUUGGUCACAAUGGUCACAUUGUACAGACAGGGCCAAUCACAGCCCACAUGUACCAUGUGAUGAGCUUUGUCCAAUCACAGCUAAUCACAACAACAGACUGAAUGAAUCAGUUUCAUUCAGUAAAAAUGGUUGC